CAGGGACCUCCAGAGGGCCCUGGUACGGAAAGAAGAACAAGUCAGGGCAGUAGCGCCAGUUGCCAUACCUGCUCCUGCACCACCUCCUGUGAUGGAAAGGGCCGCACAACCAGCUGCAGCCUUUGGCCCAGUGGCAGCUCCUGUGGCUGCUGAAGCAUUCGCUGCAGCAGGCUCCAGUAAUGAGCCUAUGUACGAGCUGCUGACAUACACUGAAGAGGGUGAUAUGAUGAACUUCACUGAUGUGGGAGUUAAACUCCAGAGAAAAGCAUGGGACAACGCCAUGGAUGCAAAGAUUGGGUCAAGUCUGGCCAUCAAGAACCUGGCCACGUCCGUGUGGGGCUCGGACGUGCUGCUGACAAGGACCGUGACGGGAGUGCCAUCAAAUGCGAACAAGGAGAAAGAGUCGAGGCCACCUUUAACGCCCAAGAAGGUGGCAUUCUUAAGAGGUGAGGGCAAAUCACCUGACACAAUUUUAAUCUAAACAGUAAUCCUGUAAUUUUUUUUCCUAAUUAAUGCCUCGUCUGAGUAGUUGGAUUGUAUUGUAGUGACGUGAUUAAUUUGUAGAAAUGGCAGCAGCUCUUUCCUGCAUGUCACAGUGGUGAAUAGUUCAGUGCCAUAGCUUAAUGUGUAUGUGCCAUUUUGUGCCAGUGA